AUGACCCUCAGACAUCCUGAGCGUCUGGGCCCCGACGGCGAGUACGACAGCGAUCCUUCUACACCCAGGUUCAUUCUAGAACAUGGUGCUCAAGAUAACAUCGGCGACAACUCCUCUACCGCACCUGGACGUGCUGCUUCGAAGCAAGCAUGUGAGAAACCUCAAGCUGUCCAUCCUUUCACCACCGACUUUGGCCCCAAGACAUUGACCGAAUACUUGCGAACGGAAUGUGAGAAACUCGAAAAAUGUUCGCCACCUGGCAAGGGAAAAGAAAAGGAGGACAACCGCACAACCUCAGAUCAGUCUCACCAUGCCGACCUCACCUCUGGCGUAUACCCUAUCUCAAUCCCAGGUAUGAUGCCUGCGGUGCGUGGUGGUGUUGGCUCUUCUGUGAAUGGUCAACUUUUGGCAGCGUCACUGGCCGGCGCGGUAUCUGCCGGGCCAAAUACGAACGGAUAUCUGAACAACAACACGGUUACGAGACAGUCCUUGAGGGAUGAGAGGGGAACACACCCGACUGCUCGUCUGUCGGAAACAACAAACGUCCAACGUAAUCCUCAUUCCAACGGCUCCAACAGUCUGGCGUCAACGGCUUCUCGGACGGGUACGCGACGGUCACGACGUCUAGCGCGUCAGGAACUCAAUCCUCCAGAUGGUGGUCAUGGUAAAACCUCUCCGGGAGAGGCUCCAUUGCCGCCGCUGCAGUCUGCAACUGCACAGCCAUCGCGAGUCCAGGCUCAGGCUGCCACUCUACUUCCUGAUACUGAUGUUAAAGAUGGCGCUUCAGGAGCACAAAAUGCCAAUCACGGCGAACAACCAGCGAACUCUGCCUCAGAUUCCGCCAUUCCUAGUAUGUCCCGCAGAACGAAUUUCGAAGAACAUACCAAGACCAAGCGGCAAGUGGUUAGGUCUAUGACUACCAGAGCACCUCAGACUGUGGACGAUAUUGUUGCGCAACCACGCAAGAAGAUGCGGCAGAACAAGUCAUCCCAACAAUCAGGAGUUCCGUCGGCCUUGAACAUUGAGAAUCCCGUUGCCUUAGGGUUUGUAGCAGAGCGCUCUUCCCGGCAAAGCCACUUGCCUACGACUGCACAAGCUGCCCCUGGAGGGGUUUCGGACAUGGCAACCGCCGGCAACCAAAUGCCAGUGGCCGAAACUCCCGACAAGAUACACAGCAUCGUGUCUGAACGUCCGGUUGAAUCCCGCACCGAGGAAGAUUCCCCGCCUGGGUUCGACUUUUCUGCAGUCGUGCCCGAGCGUAUUCCUGAGGAGGAGAAGCAGAAGUUCUUGAGAGCAGCACAACGCGGCUCGCACUCUGAGACGAAUACAGACUCGGAGAGUGAGAUCGAUCCGUCGGCCGCGGAUGCACGACGUCGCCGACCAACGAAGGGCAAGAAACCCAGCAAAACCGUGUGCAUCUCUCACAGUUCUUACCCACGCGGUUGGAGUGCUUCAAAGCCCAGCUGUCUGCAGCGUCAUAACUAUGGGAAUAACAAGACAACCAAUCCAAUGACAACAUCCGCAUCAGCGUCACAGACAGCUAUCACCAACACCCUGGAAGACUUUAACACAGAUCUAUGGGUGGUUGUUGCUAGACAUCUCUCUACAGAAGAUCUAAAGCGUCUUCGGCUCGUCAGUCAGACUCUCGCACAGACUCUGGACCCGAUCCUGUUUCGCAAUGUGGUCGUCAAUUUCGGGAAAGGCUUCUUCGAUGUGACUGGCAGCGACUAUGCUCAUGGAAUCAGCCCGUCUCCGUCCACCUCGAUGUUUGAGAAGUACGGUUCCAAUAUCAAUCAAUUCGGUGUUGCAUUUGAGUAUGAUUUGAAUGGCCUCAGUCAGGCAAAAACAAAGGUGAUCGAAAAGGAGCAGACUGCUUGGUUUGGAACGUUCACUUGGCCGACUGAACAGUAUCCGCGAUUCCCAGCAUUGCAGGCGGUGGAAGAUCUAGUCGAUCAUAAUCGACCCUUGUUGAAAGAGACGCUCAAGCACAUUACAAAAGCUUCUGAACUUGGGCUGUGCAUCGAUAGUGGACAUGGAUGGCUUGAGGGACCUGAUAUCUCCGACCUUGCUUUGUUCAAUUCACGCAUGGGUAAUGGCAGCAAGGUGUUUGGCAAAACCUUCACCUCGGAAGAUGUCUGGACCACAUUUGCUCGUGACGAAUAUUUCCAAUGGGCUCAGCAAAAUACGAUCAACGAGACAAUGAAACAUAUGCUUGAACAUCGAAGCCCGGGACAGGCCUCUGCGGUCAAGGAGGUACGCUUUUUGGACAGCAUUGAAAUCCGUGACGUGGAAAGCUUCAAGUCACAAGAAGAACAACUCGAUCUCGAACCAGAGGCUCAUGUUGGCGGCGCGUCCGGGACCAAUGCUCAAGACUUCCCCAUUUUUCCGCCCGCUCUUGUGGGUGGCUGGAUGCCGGGGAACGCCGCAACUACCCAUCGUUCACGUCGCAGUGGCUUUCGUCGCCAGAGUCCUCCAAAGAGACAGCCACAAUGGCCGUUGAUCUUCAAUGGUCACAACCUCGCAGCCGAGAAUGGAGGUCAUUGUAGUUUUGUACAAGCGAAAACCGCCCAUCCCGCAAGUGCUCCUCUUCUCCCUGGUCAUCUCACAGAAGCCCAAGCUCAAUGGUUGAUGGAAACAGUAUGGGCACAACGAGCGUUUCUGUCAGCCUACACCACUGCCAUCAUCACCAACAAGCAGAAUUUCAAGUCCAUCCAUACCGUUCGAAUCUCGAAACUAUCAUCCCGUCUUCUUCCGUCUUUGGAACAGAGCGAAUUUUGGAGCUCGCUACCUGGUCUGAAACACCUUCAGGUUCUCAUCAGUCCGGAUUGGCGUCAAGAACAUUGUAUCGGAGAUCGCUUUCACUUCGACAACAUGCCCAUUUCUCCUGCGAAAGCGGCGGAGAUGUUCACCCGAUUCCUCCGCACCUAUGUGGCGAAGAUGGAGAACCUUCACAGCUUGGCCGUUGGUUAUGUUGGUGGAGGAGAACAUGCAGUCGGGAUGUUUGCUCGCAAUCAGCAUGUUCUGCCAGCUCCUAUUGUUGACGACCCGGGUGCUUGGCUCCAUGACGAUUCCGAUAGGAGAGACGUACUUUUGACCAAGUUCGACCAUAUCCGCGACCUGAAGUUCGAGAAUUGUUGGUUCAGUCCUUCGAUGCUGCAAGAAUUCAUGGACAAGAGCAGAGAUACCAGUCUUCAUUCCUUGGUGCUUGAUUCCGUCAGCAUGAUCGCUUCUCAUGAUCCCACUAUCGUACACGCUCUGACAACUCCUGGGGACAGUCUACGCUGCCACUACGAUCCUUGGAACUGGCAUAGGGAGACCUUACCGGUCAGUGCAGCUUGGUGUCAGGUUUUGGACUCCAUAACCCCUGGUCCCACGCUUGCCGAACGUAAGCUGCAGACAGGAUUCCACCGUCGAGACUCUUCCCCUGGGCCAGCGAGAAAAUCGUUUCGCGGACACGUCCAGAAGAUCGUGCUCAACAGUUGCGGUUACGUCAAGAUCUCCUUGCCAAAGCACCUGCCUCGUGCGUACAAGCAGAACGCGGCUGUUGUUCACUUGUACUCGCCCCUGGAUGGUGGUCUCCGAGCCCGAAAGGAGCGGUUCAAUGUCCAGUUGGGCCCCCCGUCGCCUGACGAUAAUCGACCGGCACCGGCACCAGUGGUGCCUGGCUUGCGUUUGCGUAACCACCGUGGUGCGAACAAUGACGGUGACGCUCCAAACCAAAUCAUGAUGAGUACACUUUCUCCGACUUUCGAGGAGUAUCCUUGGCUAGGGACCUUGACGCAGUGCAUCCAUCCGAUCGAGAAACGCGUCCUGGAAGAAGCUUGGGACAUGACCUUCGGAUGGCCUGACAAUCUGGAGCGUUGGGCUUCUGUUGAGGAUGGCUUCUACGAGGGCGGGACGGGUCGGUUCAGCGGUGUUCUCGAGAAGGAUUCCUUCAAAGCAGGGUGGAGAAGUUGA